GCUGUUACAUUUUACAUUUUACAUUUAUAUUAUACUGACGUAGUAAAACGUAAAUUGGCAUGCAUAAAAUAUUAAAAAUUACGUGUCGUAUACCCCCCAAAAGUAAAUAGGGUUAAGGCUAUGUAGUGGCUGAUCCCCUGACCCAUGAACUUGUGGCAUAUGUCGUUUGCAUUCCACGAUGUUUUCAUGUGUCAUUCUUGUUGACAGAACAGUUUCAGAAUUAUCUUAUAAACAUUAUGCCUAUUAUUAAAUGUAAUAUUAUUUAUUAACAAGUAAGCUACCCCUAUAAACUUGAAUAGGCCUAUACCACAUUUGUAUUCAUGAAUAACUUUUCAAAAAAUAAUUACACAUUGUAAAGCUAUUUUCGAAAAAAUAUACACAUAACAAGCGUUACUGGGAUACAUUAUCCAGAAUAAGCAUAUAUAAGAAGUAAUGAAUAUUUAUAUACUGUGACCCCAGCUGACAUGAACAGGCUACUGAAACAUAACACAACAUUAAUUAAAUUUUGGUGUCUGCAAGGAAAUGCAAGGUUAUUGAACUCAAAAAUUCCUCCUAUUCCAGUUGUGAAACUAACAGAUGAGAAUAACCUCCCUCCUCAAACAAAGAUAAAUCAAGAAACUAUUGAACUUCUGGAACGAUUAUCACUGGUGGACUUUGCUAAUAAAAGAGGAAUAGAACGUUUGGAAGAUGCUAUAAAAUUUGCAGAUCUGAUUCGUGGGAUUGAUACAUCUGGUGUGGAACCCAUGAUAUCUGUUCUUGAGGACAGAACACUUUAUCUUCGUGAUGACAUAGUUACAGAAGGCAAUUGUCGCAAAGAAGUGAUGUCAAAUGCUGCUGUCACAGAAGAAGAAUAUUUUGUAGCCCCUCAAGGGAACAUUCCACUCAUUCCUCGAGAUUCUUUACUAAACGACAAUAAAAGUAGUAAACAGAAAUAAUAUUUCCAGAUUUGCUCUAUAUUUAUAUAACUGCAACUAGUUAUACAU